ACCUUCUUCACUCACAUCUGAAUGAUUUGUUACCAAAAUUUGAUGAAGGCGCUUGUCAAGCUCAGACAUACAUGUUUAAGUACGACAAUGUCCACGGUCAAUGGAAGCACCAUGAACUCAAGGUUAAGGACACUAAGACUCUCCUCUUCGGUGAGAAGGAAGUUGCAGUCUUUAGUUGCACAAACCCUGAGGAGAUCCCAUGGGAUGAUACUGGAGCUGAAUACAUUGUUGAGUCAACUGGAAUGUUCACUAAGAAGGACAAAGCUGCUGCUCAUUUGAAGGGUGGAGCCAAGAAGGUUAUCAUUUCUUCUCCCAGGUGCAGUAGAAAU